AUGUGGAUGGCGUUACGAACCUUUUCUAGCCUUUUUAGUGCUAUCUCGUCCUGUGCCCCGCCAAGAAAACCCACCGUCAGCAGAUCGUCCUCAGGGUAUGAAGUUCUACAUGGUUUGUUGGCAAGGCUACACUUGUUUUUGAUUUUUAUUUUUCUCAUACAUACUACUCGACUUACCAUUCAUUUUUUUUGUUUCCUUUUUUACUAUUUUUAUCUGUGGAGCAUUUAACGUAUAG